AUGGACCCUCUCGGGGCUAGCCGCCAAACCGAGCCUCUAGCACCAAUCGAUGCCAUCCAUCGUCACAAGAGCCAUCAACCACCACAGUCCAACCAUCACCGCGUUCCACCAGAUCACCCUCCCUCUCCCGCAUCCCACACCCCGGCACUAGGGGACGAAGCCUCAUAUAAACAGCUCAAAGAAGCAUGGAUAGCAGACCAAACAGGAAGCUCGAUCCACCUUGUCAACACGCUCGGUCUCGUCAUGCUCGCCACCUACGCCAUCUGGGCAGUGAUUAGAGCUAAACGACUACGUUUUGUACGAUUGCAAGCCCGAAGGCCAGUGCAAGAUUUGCGGAAUCCAAUAUUGGUUUCGCUGUUUAGGAUAGCGGGGAGGCUGUCAGAUUGGCAGUUGGAGUAUUUGGUUUUGAUCGUACCUGCUGUGGGUGCGCAUACUGUCCUAGCUCAACAUCUUUUGCUUACGAAUGCGGCACUCGUCGCUAUACUGCUCGUGCUGGCAGCAAGUGGACCGCCGAUGCUGAAGAAGGCGGAAAAAGAGCAAAGCAAGAGGGAUAAACGUCACUGGUCGAAAAAGCACUCUGAGGACGAAGACGACGAAGACCUUAAUGAAGACAACAAUGCGAAUGAAAGCAGAUCCGCACCUACUCCGAACAUAGCUGCUGCGCAGGCAGAACUACCAUUCCGAGUAUCGAUCGACUCAGCUGCAGAUGCAGCACACGCAGCAGCAGCUCCACCAAACUUUUACGAUGGUCCAGGAUCGUCUUACCGCGAUGCGGAUUUGUCUGUCGAUACGAAUCUUGCUACUGCUCCACAGUCUCCUCUACUCAACUCUGCCAGCUCAUCGCAUCCACCUCGUAGUACUGAGGCACUUUUAUCACCCGACAUGGCAUCAACCUCGAGUUUUUCCUCCACAGCCCGUCCAGUCGAAUUGGCAACACCAAAGGCGAAUCUGCCGCAUUCAAGAGACGGAUCAGAUGGACAAUCAGUCGUAUCCGCCUCCUCUGCCAUGUCCCCGCUCGCGAGGAGCGUUGUUGAUCCUUGGAAUCGCACUAAAACUCCCUCUUCCCUCAAUCACGCUUCCUCUACCGCCGUCGGCAAUGACGAAUCGACAUCUUCUCCACAACAUCUCCACCCACCACCAAGUGUCAUUUCAUCACAACGAGUCGAAAGAGAGGAAAGAUCAAUGUUCGUCCGUCCGCAACCCUUCCUCACAGUCUAUCGAGCACACAUGAUGCUAGUCACUAUCAUCUCCAUCCUUGCCGUAGAUUUCCCCGUAUUCCCCCGCUCUCUGUCCAAAACUGAAUCUUGGGGGACAAGUUGGAUGGAUAUGGGUGUUGGGUCAUUCGUUUUUUCCCUCGGCUUAAUCUCUGCUUUACCAUUCCUUAAGAGCCCACAAAAUCGGUUUCGCCCGCUACGACAACAGGUGGUUUCCGAUUUUCGCAAAUCUCUCCCCCUUUUACUACUCGGUUCGGUACGAGUGCUGAUGGUUAAAGGGGUGGAAUACCCAGAGCAUGUUACCGAGUACGGAGUUCAUUGGAACUUCUUUUACACUCUUGCGGUUCUGCCGUUUGCGGCAACGCUGAGUAGACCUUUCAGUAGGUCUAUUCGGUACAGCGUAUUGGGUCUUUCCCUUUCUGUGAUUCACGAGGUGUUGCUUACGCGGACAAAUUGGCAAGAAUGGGCACUAUCGAACGAGGGUAGAAGGGAUACGUUGUUACGGCAGAACAAGGAAGGAGUGACAAGUAUGGUUGGCUAUCUAGCCAUUUUCUACAUCGGCUUGGAUCUAGGACAUUAUGUUCUACCGCUAGACCCGUAUUUUGCGUAUAGAAAACUGAGGAAGAGGAGAAGUAAGUCGAGGACGGACAAGCUAGCUAUGGUGCUUGCAAGUUUGGCGAUCUUAUGGUGGUUAGGGUUUACGGUGGUGAGGUUGGUGGGGAUGGGAGUGAGUAGGAGGUUGGCGAAUCUGGGAUACGUGCUUUGGGUGGUUGCGUUUAACACGAGUUUCUUGUUGGGAUACGUGUUGGUGUAUUUAUGGGUGCUGCAGCCGGUGGAGCAAGUAGAGCAGCAAUCAGCGGACAGGGGAGUCGGAGAAAGAGUGAAGGAUGCAGUGACACCGAUGAUAUUGGAAGAUCUGAAUCGACACUCGCUGACGGUGUUUCUGGCAGCAAACCUGCUGACAGGGUUGGUGAAUGUUUUGGUAAAGACAAUAUACACGAGGGAUGCAGUUGCGAUGACGGUGUUGCUGGGUUAUACUGGAGUUUGUUGUGCGUUGGCGAGGUUACUGGCGGUGAGAGGGAUUCGGUUGAAGUUCUAA